AUGGAAGAGUGGGAAUCGGCGUGUUCGAGGGGAUCUCAAGCCAUACCAUGGAUGAAUCAAGGCACCAGGGCCGUACCUUACAGUACGGCGAACACGCACGUCGAUGUCGGACGACCAAAGGAGUGGCAUUUCCCGCCCAUCCCUCCAUCCUUGACCGAUGAUUGGGACGAGAUGGACACGCUUCAUUUGUCUGGCACGGACUGUGUGCCAAUCGUCAGAGACAGCGCGAAAUGCAGGAUUCCUCAAAGGGCUGGGGUUGUGGAGCGACCGGGCCAAGAUCGUCAAGCAGAGGCCCCACCACUAACCCCAGCCGGGCCUAGCGCUGCGGUGCAUCCAUGGAAGGGUUCCAUUGGCAUUGUGUGUGCUCUCGGGACUGACGGCCACGGGGUCAGAUCCAAUUGUUGCUGGCGUGAUGCUAGCACUUCCGUCACCCGUAGUCGACAGGCUAGUAGGCAACUACUGCCGUGGAUGACGAUGAUGAUCUGA